AUGUAUUGUGAUAUGUGGGACUUGAACUUGUUCCACAAUGCUCUCUUGCCGCAGAUCUUCAUGCACAAGAACGCGAUGCAAAUGCAUGCGAGGGAGCUGCAGCGAGGGUUAGGGGGUGAAGUGAAGCCCCACCAGUGCCAGCAGUGCCUAAAGUCGUUCAGCUCCAACCACCAGCUGGUCCAGCACAUCAGGGUUCAUACUGGCGAGAAACCGUACAAAUGUUCCUACUGCGACAGAAGAUUUAAGCAGCUGAGUCACGUACAACAACAUACUAGAUUACAUACAGGUUAG